GUUUGGCGCCCAGUUUGAGCGGGAGCGGCUGCCGCCGUUUCGCCGCCUCAGCAGCCGCAGUCACCAUGUUCAUCUCCGACUGCCGCCGCGAGUUUUACGACUUGAUCACCACCCAGCGUGUUCUUCUUCUUGUUGCUUCAGAUGUUGAUGCAUUGUGUGCUUGUAAAAUACUGCAAGCUCUCUUUCAAUGUGAUCAUGUGCAAUAUACACUCGUUCCUGUAUCUGGAUGGCAAGAACUUGAAACUGCCUUUCUUGAGCAUAAAGAUCAGUUCAAAUAUUUUGUUCUUAUUAAUUGUGGUGCCAAUGUUGACCUUCUGGAGAUCUUGCAGCCUGAAGAAGACACUUUUUUUUUUGUGUGUGACAGCCACAGACCUAUCAAUGUAGUGAAUGUUUACAAUGACACACAGAUUAAGCUGUUAGUUAAACAAGAUGAUGAUAUCAAUGUUCCUGCUUAUGAUGAUAUCUUCAGAGAUGAAGAGGACGAAGAAGAGGACUCAGAGAAAGAAAGUGAUGGGUCAGAGCCUUCAGAGAAACGGAGACGUUUUGAAGGGGAUGUAAUAGAGAGAACAAUGAAAAGACGACAAAGGCGAGAAUGGGAGGCACGCAGACAAGAAAUUCUUUUUGAUUAUGAGCAAUAUGAAUACCACGGGACCUCAUCUGCGAUGGUGAUGUUUGAUCUGGCGUGGAUAAUGUCUAAAGACUUGAAUGACAUGUUGUGGUGGGCUAUUGUUGGCCUAACGGAUCAAUGGGUCCAAGAUAAAAUCACUCAAAUGAAGUAUGUGACUGAUAUUGGAAUCCUACAGCGUCAUGUGUCUCGCCAUAACCAUCGCAAUGAAGAUGAGGAAAAUUCUCUGUCAAUCGACUGCAUGCGAAUAGCGUUUGAAUAUGACUUGCGUCUGGCACUUUAUCAGCACUGGUCUCUGUAUGAAAGUCUAUGUAACACUUCAUAUACCUCUGCUAGCCUUAAGCUUUGGUCUGUACAAGGGCAGAAGAGGCUCCAUGAGCUUUUGGCCGAUAUGGGUUUGCCUCUAAAGCAAGUGAGACAGAAGUUUAAUUCUAUGGACAUGUCUUUGAAAGAAAAUCUUCUGGAAAUGAUUGAAGAAUCUGCAAACAAGUUUGGAAUGAAGGAUUUAAGGGUUCAGACCUUCAGCAUUCACUUCGGCUUUAAGAACAAAUUCUCAGCAAGUGACAUAGUUUAUGCAACAGCUUCACUCAUGGAGAAUAUAGAGAAAGAGGAGCCUGAAACAACUAAUUUCAUUAAAGCUUUGGACAGUCUCUCCAGGGGUAACCUGGACAAACUGCAUCAAGGACUGGAGCUAGCCAAAAAGCAGCUUCGUGCCAUUCAGCAGACAGUAGCCAGCUGUAUUUGCACCAACCUUGUUAUUUCUCAGGGGCCUUUUCUCUAUUGCUCUCUCAUGGAGGGCACACCAGACGUGAAACUGUUCUCAAAACCGGUGUCUCUGUGCCUGCUUAGCAAAUACUUGCUCAAAUCGUUUGUUUGCUCUACCAAAAACAAGCGCUGUAAAUUGCUGCCACUGGUAAUGGCUGCACCAAUGGAUGUUGAACAGGGAACUGUGAUCAUGGUGGGGAUUCCUCCAGAGACAGAAAGCUCUGACAAAAAGAACUUUUUUGGAAGAGCAUUUGAGAAAGCUGCCGACAGUACCAACUCCAGGACUCUACACAACCACUUUGACAUGUCAAUAAUUGAAUUGAAAAUGGAAGACCGGAGCAAAUUUCUGGAUGCACUCAUUUCUCUCUUGUCCUGACGAGAUGGUUUUUGGCUCCUUGUGAUGGAAGUUGAGGAUCAGAUGCUCGGAAAUUAUUUCGGAUACUCCAAAGUUCGUGGUGCUGUAGUUGUGAUGUAUCGUCUUGCUUUAUCUUAAAUGUACCAGUACAGGCCUAGACUGUCAUUUUUAUGCCUUUUGGGAGGUCAAAAGGUUUUUAAACUUAGCACACAGAUACUGGACACUGCUUCUUAGAGAAGAUCAUAGACUCAUAAUGGCAAAAAGUGCCAACUUAGGAGUACUUGCAAACCGGACUUCUAUCUGCCAAAACUGAUUUUAUUACUAGACGUGCUCCUGUGAUGUUUAGUUGUUGGCUAAUAUAAAAAAAAUAUAUAGAUUUUGAAGAAGUUCCAUAUUUAUAUUGCUGUUAUAUUACCAUUCGAAAGUUCUUUUAAAAUUGCCUUGAAGGUUUGGGUUUUAUUUUAAAUAGGAAAUAUUUUGAAACUCUCCUUGAAUUUCUAGAAUGUAGAAACUGGUUUUUAGUACUGUUAGUUUGAGGUCUUGUACUUUAUUUGAAAGUUUUGUGAGACAGGUUUUUAAGAUUCAAAGGCUUUUAAAUCCAAGUACUGAGUAACUUCCAAAUACUGAAUGAAAAGUCAGGGUAAUUCCAGUGUCAAUAAAGCGUUUUUAGUCGUGCAUUGUGAUACUGUAUUGUCGCUCGUAGCUUAGCUUUGGGAAUAAUUUUCCUGGAAAGGGUUUAAAAUACUAUGAUAAUUGUGUCUAGAUUGUAGCGUUAUAAAUAUUGACAGAUUAGCUCAAUCCUGUUCCAUAACAGAUUUCAUUUCACUUUGGUGUGUGGAAUGGCAUUGCUUGUUAGACUUACCCUGCUGUGCACAGGGUGGGAAUGUACAUGUCUGUGUUUGGAAUUCUUGUUGUUCUUGUAAUGUUUAGUGAAUUCUGUUUGACUUCAAUGUUUUCAUGUAUUAUAAUGAACGUGUAAAGGUUAUGUAUCACUACAUCAUACUUUGUAGAGAUUUUUAAUACAGGUUAAUUUAAUAUUAAAUGGGGUUUAAAAAUAGCCAACAGAAAGCUAAUUAAACUAUAUAUUUUUAUUCAAACAAAAGUGAUUUCUUAUUUUUCUAAUGUCACCUUAUCUGAGUAAAAACCUGUCCCAAGCUGUGAUGGCCAACAAGUUGUGCUUCCUGAGAUAAAAUGUAAUCUGCCUUUUGGGUGUACAUGUUUACUCGGAGUAUUGGCAAUAAAUAAUAUUCCCUCUCACCAGCUACUUCAGGUUUUCCCUGUGCCCAGCAUGCAGUAAUCAUAUUACAUUUCUGAAGUAGAUAACUGUGCUUUAAGUCUCUGGAAAUGGAAAGACAGAAGUUUGUGUUGGUUUUUGAACACUGAUACCAGUGCCAAGCCGUGAUUACAAUGUAGGAGCUAGAACUCUCUGUGACACUUAAGCGCACUUCUAAGUGUUUUCACUUUAUCUUUCAGUUCCAAACUGCUGAGUGAGUCAAGUGAAUUUCCUAAAUUCAUCUUAAACUGUCACUAAAGAAUCACCACCGUUUCCACAGCACUGAAUGACCUUAACUUUAGUUCAGCCUUAUAAUAUAUUUAGGGAUUUCAUGCUUCCAGAUGUAAAUAUCAACAAAAUACAUGGGUAUGUGUAGCAGUAAAUACAAGGUGCUUCAGCAUGAGAGACCACCUCCAUUUGUAUGGAAUGAAUUAUAUGGGCUGGGUAAAAUGGAAUUUUUACUCACGUGGUCUGCUUGCUCAGUGACUGGAUGAAAGGUCUUGCACAUCCUGAAUUUCUGACUCAUGGUUCAGUGUCUAUCAGGAAAUCCUAAACAAACAACUGAAUUCCCCAUUUUCUCCUUGUACAAAACCUUUGGACAGCAAAAAUGAAUUUUGUAAGAAAGGCGUCAAAAAGCACAGGCAUGUAACAGCUCAAUGUAAUUACUACGGCUGUCUUUAGCUAUGUUUAGUGUUAUGGUUCCAAUACAGGGAAUUACAUUGAUGGGUGCCUUUGCAAACUGUUACCUUUAUCCUGUUCUUUUCCUCUGCUCCCUCAUUAGAAGCUCUGUGUGAACCCCUUCAUCUUGCUUCAUCAAUUCCUAUUGCCAUUGUAUCCCCUGUCUAUCUCCUGAAGCUUGAUGUAUUUAUUCCAUCACCAUUUCAGGGCACAUUUGGAUUCUACUGCUACCACCUUUUCCUGCUGGUGGGAUAAAUAACAGAUCUUGUUUUGCAGUAGAGAAGGAAGUUGUAGGGUGGUGUAGUUGUGUAUAUGUUUUACUAGGUGACUGUCAUGUCUUAAAAAAUGGACAAAUUUUUAGGCAUGUGCAACCCUUUUCUUUUAGUUCAUUGCAUUGUGUGGAUAAAA